AUGGCAUUGCAAGGGGUCGAGCAGACGAUCCUGCGGGAUCCCGCUCUCUUUUACUGGAUCCUCUUCCCCAUCUCCAUUGUCAUGAUCUUAACUGGUAUCCUCCGCCACUAUGCCACUGUCCUGAUGAACAACCCGCCCAAGCCCCCGUCGACCGCCGCAGAGUCCCGCGAACGCCUCGGACUCAUACGCGGCGUGAACCUCCGCAACAACGGCUUCGUCCUGACCAAAGAAGCCUUCGAGCAGCGCAAGAACUACCUUGUGUCCGCGUACCACAAUGGCGAGUUCCUCAAGGACCCGGCCAACCGCGGCCAGCCCCCCGCGAACCCGAUGACCGACCCGGCGGGCAUGGAGGCCAUGAUGGGCAUGAUGAAGGGAAACAUGAUGAUGAUGAUCCCCCAGACGUUGAUCAUGAGCUGGAUCAACGCUUUCUUUUCGGGAUUCGUUAUUUUGAAAUUGCCCUUCCCCCUGACUAUCCGGUUCAAGUCGAUGCUGCAGUCCGGUGUCAUGACCCGUGACCUGGAUGUGCGGUGGGUGUCGAGUCUGUCGUGGUAUUUCUUGAACUUGUUUGGCCUGCAGUCGGUGUUUGGGUUCAUUCUGGGUAGUGAUAAUGCUGCAAACCACAUGUCCCAGCAGAUGGCGAACAUGAACCCGGCGGCCAGCGUCAAUCCCUUCCAGCCCGGCCAGGACCCGGAUAAGCUGUACCAGAAUGAGGCCGAGAACCUGGAGGUCGUGGAGCACUUUUGCAUUCUGGACGGAAUUGAGGACCGGAUCCUGCAUAACAUUGCUUCGAAGAAGGCUUACUAG